AGUGCUUCUCCUUUCCGGAGAGGAGACGGGGACCGCAGCUGGGGCGUUCCGGGGGAGGCUGUGCGCUGUCAGUAUGCAACGGUUGCUCCUUCCGCCCCUGAAGGCCUUCGUGGGGAGCCGCGGUGUCGGGCUCCUCGUCCCUAGGGCGGCGUCCAGAGCACAGUGUGGUUGCAGCUUCGGCAGCAGGCGUCCUCUGAGGCCAGGGCAGUAUGGCACCAUCGCUGAAGUGGCUUUGCGAUCCGGGAAAGGUACAGCGCCCCUUCCUUCGAGGGCAGCUGAGCAGGCAGUGGGCCGGUGGCUCCUGGUCUGCAGUGGAACGGUAGCUGGGGCAGUUAUCCUUGGAGGAGUAACGAGGCUGACAGAGUCUGGCCUCUCAAUGGUAGACUGGCAUUUAAUAAAGGAGAUGAAGCCACCCACAAGCCAAGAAGAAUGGGAAGCAGAAUUCCAAAAAUACCAGCAAUUUCCAGAAUUUAAAAUCCUGAAUCAUGACAUGACACUGGCGGAAUUCAAGUUUAUCUGGUACAUGGAAUACUCACACCGAAUGUGGGGUCGAGCUGUAGGCCUUGCGUACAUCCUGCCUGCUGCCUAUUUUUGGAGAAAGGGUUGGCUCAGCCGUGGCAUGAAAGGACGUGUUCUUGCCCUCUGUGGCUUAGUUUGUUUCCAGGGUCUCUUAGGUUGGUAUAUGGUGAAAAGUGGAUUAGAAGAAAAGCCGGAGUCCUACGAUAUCCCUCGGGUCAGCCAGUACCGCCUGGCAGCCCACCUGGGGUCUGCACUGGUCCUUUACUGUGCCAGUCUGUGGACCUCACUCUCGCUGCUGCUUCCUCGGCACAAGUUACCUGAAACCCGGCAGCUCCUGUGGCUGAGGCGCUUUGCUGGUGGCACAGCAGGCCUGGUCUUCCUUACGGCUCUCUCAGGGGCUUUUGUGGCAGGACUGGAUGCAGGGCUGGUUUACAACUCCUUCCCCAAAAUGGGAGACUCUUGGAUCCCAGAGGACCUUCUUACCUUCUCCCCCAUCCUGAAGAAUGUUUUCGAGAAUCCCACCAUGGUGCAGUUUGAUCACCGGCUUCUGGGAAUCACGUCAGUCACUGCCAUUACGGUGCUCUAUUUCCUGUCCCGGAGAGUCCCCCUUCCUCGAAGGACCAAGAUGGCAGCCGUGACUCUGCUCACUUUGGCAUAUGCACAGGUGACCUUGGGCAUUAGCACUCUGCUUAUGUAUGUUCCAACUCCCCUGGCUGCCACACACCAGUCAGGCUCCUUGGCUCUGCUCAGUGGUGCCCUUUGGCUCAUGAAUGAACUCAGAAGAGUCCCAAAAUAAUUCUGAAGAUCCCUUCCUAGGACUGAAAGUGCCUUGGGGAUUCAUCAGCAAGCACACGAACUUAGGAGGGUGGUCUUCGCCGCAUGGUUUCCAAAUUGGUCAAAUCUCUCAAGACUGUUCAGAGAUGGGCACUGGAUCAAUGUCACAAAGGUGUGCUCACAUCAGAGAUUCCCUUUAAAUUCUGUUGCUGAAGUGUCUGUCAUUUAAUAGGCAGCCUGACUUUUCUUAGUGUUAGGAAGAUCUUGGGUUUCUGUGUCCUUGUGCUGCAGAAUCCUGUCCACUAGUCAGGCUGGUAAUGACAGUGACAGACUCAAGAACAAGUGCCCCAAUGGGUUACUGGAGUUACUGGACCAGUCAACAGGUACUGCAUGUUGGUCUGUGACCAACAUCUAGAGUUGUUAUCUGGUUUCUCAAAGCAGCUAACUAGCUAGAUUUUGAAGUGAAGUGAAGAUCCCCCCCCCCCCCCGUGGAUGUGUGUGUGUGUGUCUCGUGCUUGUAUUAACAUAGGCCAUGUGUGUACAGAUGUCCAUGAAGGCAGGAAAAGUGCUGGGUCCCCUAGAACUGGAGUUAUAGGUAACUGUAAACUGCCUGAUAUGAGUGCUGGUAACAAAACAUGGGUCCUCUGGAGGAGCAGCAAGCACUGAGCAGCAACAGCUGAGCAGUCUCUCCAGCCCUGGAGUGAAUAGUACUAAAAUUAAACAUUAGCCAGGCAGUGGUUGUGCGCACCUUUAAUAGUGGCCAGCCUAGUCUACAGAGUGAGUUCCAGAAUAUCUAGGGCUACACAGAGAAACUGUCUUGAUUUCCCCAUCCCCUGCUCCCCCCAAAUUAAAUGUUUACAAUUUCAAGUUGUUUAAAAUAUGUCUGACCUGCAGUUUCUGAACCAUAUGAUGUUUUCUUUCAACUCUAGUAUUCUGUGAGCGCAUAUUCUAAAGGGUACAGUUCUCAGCUGUUCUUGGCAAAACAAAGACACGUGUUUUAUUUCCCCAGUCCCAGACCCUCCUGGGUUUGUGCUUUUGCACGGAAGAGGUUCCCUCAACUUCAGAACUCAAGAUUUAUCCUAGACCCACUAAAUUCGAGCCUCUGGAACACGAGUGUGCAGGGUGUUUGAAACAGGGUUUCUCUGUGUAGCCUGAUUUUAAGUCACUCCAAGCAAGUGGCAUCCCGAGUCCGCUCCAGCUUCAGGUCCUCAUUUUUAUACAGUUGAGCAUGUCUGAAACAGAUGGCUUUAGCUGUUUAGCUGCAUUUUGCUUUCUGUGUACUCCUGGUGAACAGAGAUCCUCUAAGCUAUUUUUGUAUUUGUAUAAUUUGCUGUCAUCAGAUAGAUCCCAAAUACUGAAUGAGGAAAGCAUGAACUGGUAGAAAAUAAUAUAAUUAUUGAUUUUAUAUUCCCAAUGUCUAUUUCAGAAAAGCCAUUGCACAAAGGAUUAAAUAAAUUUCCUUUAAUGUUUUCAA